AUGGACGAUAAAAACGCAGCGUACAGCGACUACUUUCUCGACUAUCAGUCUCGUAAGUUUUUCAAAUCUUUUUUGGCGGGGGCGACUUAUAAGAAGACUCUCGGGGCUGGCACUGCGAGGCACCGAAUUUGCUUAAAAAACUGUAGAGCGGCUGUUGCCUUUUUCCUAUUUCUAACUGCAUCAGAACUUUUUCAUUUGGUUCGGAGUCUCGCAUCAGUCCGGAGGCAUUUUAUUCCUCUUCUAUACCUUCAAUCUAAUUCGCGUAUUUUCCAAAACGUAACCCUAAAUUUUCAACAAGUGUUUUUGCAUCUAAAAUAAUCAGUCUCAGUGAAAUAAACAUUCUUCGAAAAAAAAAAAAUGAAGAUGUAUAAUCGUUGGCUAUUUAUUUUCUUUUUCGCAACUUCGUAAAGUUUUAUCCCUGAAUAAUGAGGUCAGAAACUCAACCUCAUUUAACUGAGAUAGCGCUGAAGUGUUCUAGUCUGUUCAGAUUUUGAAUGUCAAGUAGAAUGACGUCAUUCAAAAACGCUCUGUGGAUGGCUCGCUCUCUGAUUGGUUCAUCGCACCAUUAUGGGCGGAGCUUGAGCGACGACUUGACAUUGAAAAAUCUGAACAGACUAUAACAGUGUGAUACUAAUGAAAACAACAUCGUUUGAAGAUGAAGAGAAUAUUUUAUUCACGAAUUUUCACGAAGACUGCUUCAAAGGGAACAACUGCGCACCUGUUUCUCACGCCAAUUUUCGACAGUUCAGAAAUGGAAAGUAAUGAGAUGGACGCCGGUUUUAGGGCUAUUCGUUCGGUUAUAUAUUACCGCAAAUCAAACCGUUUUCAACAAGGACGAAGGCCUUUUUGAUGGAGAAAAAACCGUUCCGUUCUUUUGACUCUUUUUUUUCAAACAACUGUCAUUUUCUUCCUUUUAAGGCAUAAAGUCGUCUCAUUAUUCGUCAUUCGAAUUCAGGGAGAUCAUGGCUUGGAAUUAUGAUGAUGAAGUUGUUUCCAUCUGUUGAUAGAAGAAUGUUUUUCGAAAAAGGAUUCACUGCAAUCGCGAUGCUCAGUUUUUUGAAACUGAGGAACGUUCGAUAAUCAAAAAUUAGCUUUUAUUAUAAUUUUAUUUUGAUUUCAAAAAAAAAAGUCACUUGGAUGAGAGUGCAUGAUAAACCCUAUUUAAUAAUUUUUUUCUCAUUUUCAUAAUGAUUUUUUUAUUUUGAUAAUACCUCCGCCUUGAAGUUUUUUCUUUAUGCUUCUCGUUCGGACCUUUCAAGUUUUUUUCCAUAAUGAAGACAAGCUUUAUUUGAAAAUGGAACGGUUGUUUCCAAGGUUCGGAGGAGCGGCAGACGACUCAGAAAGGGGCGGAGUUUUGGUUGACGAGACUCCGCCUCUUCCCGUCGACCGCACGCGCCGUUUUGUGAGAGUGUGCCUCUGUUUUCGACCCCUCAGAAUUGGACCUACUUGUCCUCGAUGGAAAGUUAGCAAGGAAUCCGUCGUUACUCGAUGACGCCGCUAUCGUCGCUGAUCAUUCUGCCCUUAUUGGCGGCGGUUUCAGUGAUGGACGAGAUCGUGGUGGUGCAGCAUCCGGAGUCUGGCUACGUCGUCAGAAACAAGCCUCUCCGCCUCUCCUGUCGUGCCAUCCACGCUCACAAAAUUCGCUUCAAAUGCAACAACAAAUGGGUUCGUUUUCUUCUAUUUUUUAAAAACUUUUUCGGUUCUAGUUGGGAAUUUCAAGUAGAGUUGAGUUACAUAAAAAUCAUGUUUUUUUUUAGAAAGAAUUAGUUUUUUCUCUUGCAUAAUUUUCCUUUGCAAUUAAAAAAAAAUGAACUUCCUUUUUUGAAAAAAUGUCUGACCUUUGCUUCUGUUUCACCUUUCAACUUCAACUCAAUUCCUUUGAUUUUCUGCUUGCACUUCCUCUCCAAGAUUUAAUGAAUUUCGUCUGACUUUUUACCUCGGUUAGUUGAUGGCAUGAAUUUUUAUUUGCCAUCUGGUUUUUUAUUUGCUCUAGUUUAUGCGUUUCUGUCCACGUUCUUCGCGUCAACCCUCGAAAGUAACUCUUGUCAAAACACUUUCACAGAGCCAGUUUGUGUUUUCAGCCAUUUGCACCGUUUUUUUGGGAAAUUUUCGGUGAAUUUGCAUUUUGGCGCCUUUGAAUAUUUUUGUCCAAGUGUUUACUCCAGGCAUUGACCGCGUAAAUAUCGUUCGUAGGACGGUUUCUCUUAUCUUUCUCCUUCCAAAAUUUUAAUUGCGUUGUCCGCCGUUUCAAACGCAGGUUUUACAGCCUCCGGCGGCGGUUUCUAGCAAAAAUGUGCGCUUUACGAACUUUUAAAUAGAAAAUGUUCUUUAGUUUAAAAUUUCGAAAAUCAACAAGAUUCUCAAUGAUUACUUGUAAACAGCCGAUUAAAAUUUAAUUUUUAACAAAAAAUUUUUAUCUGGUUUCGAUCAUUUGGCUCAAAUUUUGACAUGAGGGGUUUUCCACACAGAAAUAGAGCAGAAAAUCGACUUGAUGGCAGAAAUAUUAUUGAGGAAACAGAGCAAUGAACAAUCAGAAUAGGAGGUUUCUCACACCUUUCCUUCCUCGGAUACAGAAUUACCCAAUUGGCUGUUAAUUACUCGGAAGAUAAGGCACCUGCAGCGAGAAAACACAGCGAUUACACGUUCAGAAUACCGGCGACCCCAUCUUUUAUCAUUUCUUAUCUUCUCCCUUCGUACAGACUCAUUUGUUGAUGCGAUUUUGCACUAAUAAAUUGGAUUUGGCAGUGUUAAACUGCUUUCGAAACUUGGAACAGCUACUAAGAAAAAAAACAAAAAAAAAGGUUUGAUGUCAAAGAGAUUAUAAAAUAGGCUGAAGGAAUUGUGGUUUUAUUGUCUUCCGAUUAUUUCCGAAGUUUGUUUAUCUCAAUAAGCAGGUAAAAACGACAUUUAAUAAGAUUUCAUUUCCGUUUUAUUUGGGUAAUAAAUUUGAUUAAAAAUUGAAUGCUAGGAAACGAUUCGAAUGAAACUUGAGAAGGAACGAAAAUUUUUUAGGGGUUUGAACAAAUUUCUUUUCUUUUGACUUUUUCUGAGACUUUCAUUGGAAGCAUCAGUACAUCCAAAACAAACAGAAUGAAUCAAAAUAUUGGAGAUUUGUGUGGUUAGGAGUCGAGAAUGUUACUUUGGCAGGCCACUGGGCACACAAAUUCAUUAGCGCCUGGCUGUUUGUCCGUUACUCAUGGCUGCUUGAGUCCCCCUCACAAACAGUCCACAGGAGUAUCCAAUGACCUCUGCUUGACUCCCCUUCGACUACCUACCGUCCUAUUUCGCGAGGAGGAAGUCUUUUCUAUUCACAAGAUUUUUAUUGAUGUCCCUCGUUUUCAGAUGAAAAAUGGUGCAAAUCUGCAUCGACGUGGUCACAAGAUCACGAAAUUGGAAAUUUUUUUGAAAAAUCUGGUUAUCACAACAAAAAUUUCUCCAGAGAUGUGUGAUUUACUUUGAAUAAUAUUCAGAAGAACUGUGAGAGAAUACGGGUUUAUCAAAAAUGAAAGUUGACCAGCCUGAAGAUUCACAUAAGCAGAAAUUAUUCGUACGAUUCAGAAAAAAGAAGUUUAUCACAUUAAAAAUGAGAAAAAAAAUGACCAGAGAUCUCUUUUUGGCCUUAUCCUCUCGAUCUUAUCAUCAUUGACCGGUAGUCUCUUUUUUUCCUUGUAGUAUUUUUUUUUUCAAGUUUCUUGUCGGGCUUUUCCUUAUUCCGUAGUUGGGUACUUGCUAAGAAAUUUUAACACUUUUCGGAGUCAAUGCAAAAUGUCAAAUUUUGUCGACAGAUUCCUUUCUAAACCGUUAAUUUUUUAAUCACCAGAAAUGGCUGCACGCUAAAGUUUUUUAUUUUUAUUUUUCCCUUAUUUUAUUUCCAACACACUAUCAUCCACUUUUUUUUGACACGGGUGAUUUCUAAAUUGUACGAUAGUACUUGAAACUCAGUUUGCGAACACCUGUGUGUAAAGUAUGAUUUGCGGACGUCUUUCAAGCUCAGCGCUCUCAAAUUUUCCGAGACACCUGUCGCUUUUAUAAGAAAAAAGCGAACUGCGCGAAAAGUCCGGUUAGAAACCUCUUGAUGAAUAGUUUCUAAAAAGUUUUUUUUUAAAAUAAUGUUGGCAGAAAGAUACUUUUCACAUCGAACACGUUGAUGUCAAUCCAUCUGAACAUCAAAACGGCCCAGUGCCGGGCACUCUUUUAUCCACGUUUUUUCCUACUACCAAAUCUCGUUUUCCCAAAGGCAUUCACAAAUUGCGCAUCUUUUCUGUUUUAUGGCAUCCGCCGUGUUACACCUACAACUCUUGGGGAAUUCCAGGCUCGAACAGAGGUCAUUUUGGCCGCGGCUGCACGAUUUAUGGGUUCUUGGACAGCCGUGCAUUGAGUUUACCUUAGUUUCUGAUCUGAGUUUGCAAUCAGAAGUCACGACUGUUACGAAAGCAAAGAAAAUGGGAGCGUUCGCGAAAAAUAACGUUUGGAGAAAAUGGGCGCUUGGAAUCCUUUAAUGCCGCCUUUUUUCGAAAUUUCUCCACGAAUCUCAGAAAGAAGUAGAAAAAGCUUGAACGGAGUAUACUUGCUGAGUUUUGAGCUUUUAAGACAAUUUUUUAAAGGUUUCAAAAGUCAUAAAGAAAAGUAAAAUAUAGAUAAAUGUGCUAUUAAAAGUGUCUUUGUCAAGAAAUAAUGAGAAUAUUUUCCAGCUCGACGAAGAUCGCUACGAGACGUCUUCUGGCAGGAUAGCGGGCUCAGACACACCGUACUCAGAAGCGUGGGUCGACGUCUCCAGAAGCGACGUCGACACCUCGGCCCACGUCGACGACUUCAAGUGUCAGUGCUACGCCUCGGCGCAAGGCGACGUCGACGUCGUCGCUUCUGAUUCAGCCGUCGUCCGUUUGGCAUGUCAGUUUCUUUCGCAGUUUUGUUCACUUUCCUGAGUCCAAAGCACUAAUCCUUUCACCACCGAUUGGAGGCUUCUUUUAAGGCUUCUUAUUUUUCAGCUUCUUCACAGCUUUCUUAUGCAUUUUAUCUUUCUCUGUCGGCAACUCAAAACGGUUUUUUUAAUAGCUCAAGGCGUGAAACGAUGAAAUCGCUUGAAAAAGCCGCAGCUGCAACCCUCGAACCAGUUCUUGCAAAUUCCACCCAUUCGAAUUUCCUCUACAAUGCCUAACACCUGGUAGCAAUGUAAUGCAGGAAAUGAACUAUAUAUAAUGUACAGUUCCAUUUCUCGCUAUUCUCUUUUUCCUUUUUUUCAUCUUGGAGUUUUAACAAAACGAAGUUUUCGAACGCGCCUUUUUUUGCCAAGGCUACUUUCUCGGCGACCGAGAUUAAUUUAAUUAAACUGUUUUUUGUGGAUUCAGGUAUUUCUGAAAUCAUUUUCCCACUGUUUUCCUCACUUUUUGGAACAGAACUGCAAAAAUUGGCCGACCUCGUUUUUUUUAGUGUGAAACAGGCUUCCAUUAAAACUCUUUGCCCAAUAAUUUUUUUUGUGGAAUUUUUGCUUGAAUCUGAAACUAAAUUUAUAAAAAUUUGCCACCUUUUUCAUUCACGGCUCGGUUUCGGGUCUAAUUUCUCAAAGAUUUGAAACAGUAGUAGUAACGAAAUAAUCCUUUCAAUUUGCCUUUUUGGCGUUUUUGUAAAGUUCGGUAAAGCAUUAGAAGCGUGUGGAUCAAACUGAAGGCGCAACUGUCCCUUGGCCGGAAGACGAAUGGCUUGAAGCGGCCGUGCGUUUGACGAAUUCCCUCUUUGUUCAUCGCCACUCACUCACACAAUUGUGCAAUUGCGCAAUUGAUACGGGCUCAUUACGCAGUGCAAUCAGCGUCUUUACAAUCAUUUCUUGAUUUCCAGUCGCUCUGUGAAAGGUUGUGAGUUUUGUAAGGCCAAGUUACAAAGAGACUUUCAAUUUUCUCAAGUGAGAUUUUUUGUAAAGAACUAUUCUAAAGAAAUUUUUGAAACAUUGGCAUACUUGAGGUACGGAUGAAACAUUUUAAAAAUUGAAUAAGUUAUUUUCAUUAUUUCAUUUCAAAUAAUCCUAUUCACUUCAGUCUCCUGGAACAGUGUUUUGUAAUUUUUAAUUUUGAAGGAAAGCUGUAUUUUCAUCUUUUUUGCAGAAUAGUCACAACUUAGACCGAAUAUGAGAAAUUAGAAGCAGUUUUUGAUUGUUGGAACCGCUUUUGGCAGUGGGCCUGAACAAAUCCGAUGGACAAUCGGCCUAACACGCGUGGUCAAGGACUCUCGUCCGAGAAACGGAGACGGACCGCGAGUGUUUGGGUUUUGUGCGGCAUAUCAGAUUGCCGAUGCCGAUGCAUUCUAGAUAUCCAUCCCCAUUUGUUAAUUUCGUUACGGAUGCUUGGAAACAUUUCCCUGAAAUGUUCAGGAAAUUUUUCUCACGCUAUCAAAAGAAGUUACUGAGCGAUUGCAUUUCCAAAAAAAAAAGUGUACCUUUUAAUUUCCAGGACCUUAAUGGCCGACAGCCCAGAGCCCAGGCAUGGGAACCUUAGAAUCACCAGUUCUCUUAAAAAUUUACAAAUAAUACCUAAUCGAGGCUCAUUUAAGUGUAAUUUAUAUACAAAUAUAUACGGUUUUUGCACCGGUGUGUGCUGUGUUUGCAGAAAAAGUCAGCUUUCCCAUGACAUUUUGGCAACGUUUGCUUCAGUGUCACCACCUAUUGACCUUCCCGAAGAUAUACAAGCCUUGCAUUUGACGUGACGCGUCGGAUUCUGUCGAAUCGAAGCGAUGUAAACACCUAAUGCGCUGCCAAUCAUCAUGAGGCACCAUAAAGAGAUAUAUUAGGGAGGUCGAUAUCAUUAAUUGUCCUGUUUUAUGACUACGACAAUGUAUUUCAUAUAGAGCUUAACAACGAGAUCUCACUGUAUCGAACCCCGGGAAAGAAGAAGAAGUCACUGAUACAAGGAUGCUGGUUGAACAAUAUUUUCGAGGCAGUUUUCCACAAUUCGCGAUACGAAACUAUCGCAUUUCCUGUGUAAAAUUUCCUACCUGGAAAAGGCAACUCGCAGCGUAGCUAUGAGAAAUUUCCAGGCCGAACGCCUUCUGAGCAAACAAACAAUUGGCUAUUUUCCAUCAGAAAACCACCGAUCUCCGCGAAUAUUUCGCCAACAUAUGGGCGCAGAGACAGUUGCGUGAAAAGCAACACACAACACGUGUUUGAUGUCUUUACCCUGUCGUCAGAAUUGAGAGGUCAAGCUCGAAUGUUGUGUAACAUCAUUGAGUUCAGGGAAGAUCUGAAUGUGAGCCGUUUGGCUCAUGUUGGUCACUUUUUUUUAAUAAACUUUGGCAAGAAUAUUUCAAACGGACAAAACAGGUGACUUGUUGGCGUUCACAAAAAGAAGUCUCUCUCCUACAGUUUCAGAUCUUCAGCACUCCAAAUUCAACAAAACUUUUCGACGUUUUGCAGUAAUCCAUUUCAAAAAGAAAACAUUUUCCAAGAGCAUUAGUGAAAAACAACUUUGUUCAGAGGGCUUCCUGAGGCUACCGAAUUUAUUUCUAAGAAGUUGAAGUUUCUACUCGAGUUGCGAAGAUUUUGACCGAUACGGCUGGUGCAAUUUCCUUUGAGCCAACGCCGUAAUGGAGUGGGUGCCGCGAUGUUUUGGGACCGGAGGAACACAUUUCGAUGUACCGCGCCCAUGUUUGCCCAGUACUGCAACCUUUUCCGGCCGCGCGGCUUCUUUUGAACUGCUCCGAGGGACCAACUUUGUAGUGGCACCUGCGCUCAUGUAACUGUUGCCACAGCUCGCAUAGCCGUGCAAAUAUCCUCCGACUUUUGAUUCCUUUUCCGGUCACAUAUCUUUUCAAUAUCUCAUUUUUAAUCCUGUAAUGAAAACUGUUUUGUUUCUAAAAAUAUCAUCUCCCAACUUUUCGUUUGCUUCGUUCUUAGCUUUUGCUUGAUGAAAGCUUCAAACGUUCAAAAAGUGUAUGCUAGACCGUUUUUUCGAGAAAAAAAAAAAUUAACUUUUCCACUUUUCUGUUCAAGGAUAAACACUUACACAUUUUACCAUAUUUGAGGAUUUUUACUUUUAUCAUUUCACUUUUGAAAAAUGGGUAAAAGUGAAAUAUUGCGCAAUCGGAAAAUUUUGCGCGACGCGGCAAUGGGUGGUCUGAAAACAGACGACGAACCCCAAAAAGACGAACUGAGCGGCGGCAAAUCUAAGUUGAUUCCGGAUGCACUGAUGAUUGCGCGCAUUCGAAGCAUUCAAGCAGAUUUCAAGUGGCCCCACGACUUUGGCUCAUUUGGCUCCGCGAUGCACAAUUUACGCAACAUUCGCUCGAACAAAACGUUGCCCAAUUAGAGAAAUUUUGAUCAUGUCAAAAAUUUGUUCUUGUUAUUUUUUUGAUGAUAACAGAAGCUAAUAGAAAGGAGGGGGAAGGGGCUCUUAAAAAAAGUUCGAAAAUUCCCAGAAUUGUUUAGGAGACCAGUUAUUAUACCAGUUAUUGCGACUUUCCAGAUUAAAGUUUUUAGGUUUAUAUUGCCCCUGUUCCAAGUUAUUGCCCCUGAUCCAAGUUAUUCUGCCGAUUUAUGCAAAAAUUAUUCUCAAAAAUUUUGGAGGAGGAGACUCGCCAUGAAUUUUGAAGGGUGGACCUUGGCUGAUGCCAAGUCGAUCUCUCCUAUGUAUGCCUUCCAUCUGUUUUUUGUACUAAUUGUAAAUUUGGACUCAGUAAAUAUUUGAUAAGUUUUCAAUAAUUUGAGCAACCUUGAUUGGAUUUUUCCAGACAUGCGAAAACACUUUCUGAAGUCUCCGGCGACGUCGCAACGUGUGGCCGAAGGAUCGACGGUCCAGUUGCCUUGUCAGGCGCCGGAAAGCGACCCGAAAUCUCAGGUUUGCUACUUUUCCAAAUUAAAUUGCUCCUUUGCCCCACACGUGCAGCUAGUUGACAUUAAGUAUUCCUUGGGUCCUGUAAGAUGAGCGAAAACAUAUUGAGUGCGCGGAGGCUGCAGCUGUCCUCAAAAACCAACCACCCACGCCACAUUUCUUUAUACGGGGAUCGUCAUUUUUCGUCCUGAUAGAAAUCUGAUGGACCAUAUGACGACCGACCGCGCAGACAGAAUUUGAGCCUCUCUUUGUUCGGAAACACCUCUAAUUGGCCUGGUGUUGCUUCGAAUUGUUGACAGAAAGAAGGUCGAUUGUUGUGCCAAAGUGUAAAAAUAAUUAGAUUUGUCAUUCCCACUUGUUCAUCAUUUUUGAACUAUUAUCAGGCAGGCUCACCAUCUGAAACCCGAAACUUUUUAGUCUGAUACUUUUUGGAGCUCUGCGAAUAGUCGUAGUUGAAACUUUCUGAAAUAUACGAAGACCCAUGCACUGGCAUGCCAAUCAAUCCAAGAUGGUUAUCGCAAGUAUAAAUCCCCCAAGAGUUACGCAAAACUGGGCCUCAUCGUUUUGGAACGAACGGCCAUUUGUCACUACAAUGGACGCGAAUGGAUUCUGAUGGAUUUCCAUUCAAAAGAUAACAUCUGAAGGCUCGAGACUGCGCGUUUCCAUAGAGUAUUCUACACGUGUUGGUGUUUUCAAAAACGAUGCGGGAAUGCCAAGAAUAUAUUUGAAAUGAUCCUUUCGGCAUAAUGUUUUUUCCUUUACAAAAUUUAAAAACUUUGCUGAAGCAGAUCGGACGUUUAAAUUUUUAAUAAGCUUUUUUCAAUUUGAAAUAUAGUUUUUUUAAUAUAAAAAAAGAUGAAACGAAAAAAAGUGGCUUUUCAUUCAUAGAAGUUCAUAGAUAGACGGUCAGUUUCAAAUUUUUGUGUUCAGUUAGCCAAUCAAGGAACACCAAAAGUUCAAAAAGAGCCGCUCCGGUGAAGCUGGUAAUCGUGUAAAACGAGGAAAGUAGAUCUCGAGGGCUAUUCACUUUUUUUUUUCAAAAGUGGACAGUUAACUUAAAAUGAAAUCUUCUAUUUCUAGUUUGAAGGUCGUAAACCGAGAUUUGAUUCAGCUUUCGUGGCAAAAGGACGGUCGGCCGCUGCAGCCGGACGCCAACCUGAUCUUCGCCAGCGACGGCAGCCUCAUCCUUUCGGCGGCGAGACUUUCCGACUCGGGAAACUACACCUGCGAAGCCACCAACCUCGCCAACGUCCGCCGCACGGACGUCUCUCAGCUUAAUGUUUUUGGUAUGUUUUCUGAUGACUCGGUGGGAAUCCAAAACGUAUACACUUCAUGUAAAUGGGCUUUUUUUUGCGAUCCACGCAUUUUUCUUUCUUUCCGCUAGUGUUUGUCGAGCAGUGUCCAAGCGAAUAACGGCGAAAAAAAACGCAAUGAAUGUAAAUGAGCUGAAGGAAAUCCGUUCCUUUUCACCUUCUGACCGAGAUUCCAAAAGUAGGGAUUUGAAAUUGAAGAGAUGCUUUCUCCACUUGGAUCUCCCCUGAAGAAAGAAAACUACUAAAUAGUUUACUUUUUUCUUAACGCGAUAAAUCGGCCGACAAAUGUGGCGGCGGACAGGUGUCCUGCAAGGUGUUCAGUUAGCCAAUCAAGGAACACGAAAGGUUCAAAAAGAGCCGCUCCGGUUGUGCAAUGAAGCUGGAAGUAGUGUAAAACGAGGAAAGUGGCUGCGGAGGUCUGGUGCCGCGGUGCGCGUCUUUGAGACGGCGAUCAUCACUCGCACGGGCUUUUGAUGGAUUCCCCGACUCAGAUUUGCUUCCGAGCAUAAUCGUGGUGGUCUGUCAUCCACAUACUUGACCAAAUAAAAAUGGGACUCGCACGAAGAUUUUUCUGAAAAAGUUCAUCUACACGGUUUCGAUUCAAGUAUGUGUUCAUCUACACUACACAGUACCGAUUCAAAGAAGGAGUAUGUUCAAAAUCAUUAAUAGAGCGCAGAAGCUGUACAUGAAUUGGAAUAUUACUUAAAAAGUCUUUUGCCUCAAGGCGUUCGGAAAACGUAUGCAUACUCUACGAGGAUUUUUGAAAAGACUGUACAAGUCUUGGAAAGUCUUUUUUAAUAGGCAAUGACUGCCCCUGAUUUUCAUACUUAUUUCGAAAUCUCCGCUACAAUUGUGUUUUAAGAAACAGAGAUUCUAGAUGUAAUUCCUAAUUAAAGUUUCUUAAAUCUCUAUAAGCAGUUUUCUGCGACCUACUAGUGAAAAACAUUAUAUUCAAAUAAAGUCUGUAAGAACACUAGCUUUGAACGAAAAAGAAGCUGCCGCAAGCCUUUGAUAUCUGCGCGAGUGUCAAAUUGUUGACUAGUUAAUCCACUAACGACUGUAAAACGGUCGGUAGCGCGAGGAGAAAGACGCCAGACGUUGGUCACCCGAAAGGACAGUCCCGAGCGCAGUGACUCGUUUUACGAGCUUCGUUGCACAACUCGGGGACACGCGGCCUGUUUCUUUCAACUCGCUCCGAACGGCCGUUUGUCCCUGAAGGUCUAUAACGACAUGAGACGAAACGGCUGUCCUCUAACUCAUUUUCAACAAAAAACUCUUGACCUGGACUUUCGAAAUGAUCCUUGAAUUACAUUUUUUUUUUUUGGCUUUUUCCUCAGUCUUGAAAGAAUUGACGCUAAUUCAAGCACAAUCUGUGAAUAUGCUUAAUAUAUUUUAAUUUUCACAGUAAAUAUUUUUUGGGGCUACUCGUUCGAAAACUGUUUGGUUUCUUCCGCACGUCGGUCUAAAUGUCGCGACAAAGUUCAGCAGUAGCGUUUCUUUGUACGCCGUACGACUCAUUUGCAUUUCCCGUCGGUGUCACGGAAACUCCGACUGUUCAAAACAGAAAAAGUAGGCGCCUGUGUGGCGGAUAUGCUGGGGUGAACUGAGCCGGAAGACACAGCUUUUUUUUUUCCAAUUUCAUGGUCUCAUGAAAAAAAAAACAGGAUCAUUCUUCACGCGAAAACUUAAAGAAAUGUUGUUUUUACAGUGAAUGGAGGUUGGUCAGAAUGGUCGGACUGGAUUGGAUCUUGCGCGGUCGACUGCGAGCUUCUGAAGCAACAUCUCGAUCGGAGCCGUGAAGACGGAGCCGACGCCGUCGCAGCCAAGACGAUCAUGCCGAGGGAGCGCCGGACUCGCACGUGCAACAAUCCGGCGCCUCUUAACGGCGGAGACUUCUGUAGCGGAGAAGAGGAGGUAGUGAAAGUCCAUCAAACUUUUGUUCUCUGAGAGUUGCUUGUGGAUUUAUAAUGAACUAGACACUUAAAAAGAAGAAAAUUUUGAAAAUUUUAAGAAAAAAGACCCACUCAAGGUUGAAACUUUUGAGCAAACUUUUUUCAUUUUUCUCUUAUAAACUCCAACUGUGAAUUUCGCAGAGCUCGCGCCCGUGUCGCUUAUCCUGCCGCCUGGACGGAGGAUGGUCGGCAUGGACGGAAUGGUCGUCGUGCUCGACGAGUUGUCAUCGUUUCAGAACCCGUUCCUGUACUUUGCCGCCGCCUAUGAACGGCGGACAGUCGUGCUUCGGAGACGAUCUUGACACCGACGUUUGUCCCCCACAGUGAGCUCUUCAACUUGCCAAAAAAGGCAUCGUUUGGAUUUUUUUUUAGCUUGUGCAACUCUUCUUCUUCGGCUUCCGCAGUCAUCGUUUCGGAUGCGGCCAUUUACGGAUCUGUCGCCUCGAUCUUCAUCUUGACUGCCUUUGUCCUGGCGCUUUUUACACUUUUCUUCUGCCGCAAAGGCAAAGGAGACGCGAAAAGCGCCGAGAAGAGCAUCUACUAUGCCGAGUCUGGAGGUAUGUAAGAUUUUUGAGGCAGUGAAUUCAUGAACAGGAGCAAAGGGACUUUCUGAGCCGAAAAAAAGUGGUGUUGCGAAAAUUCUUAGGUUCUGGUGUGCUCUCUCUAACCAUGUUUUCUAACCAAAGGAGGUAAUUUUAAUGGCAAGUUUGAAAGUUUUUGAAAACAUUCUGAAAUUUUUUCCGAAAGUGUAGGUUCGCGCAGUUAAAAAUAUGAGAGAUUUUCAAUUUGACCUCAAAGACUUGAACAACUUUAAAAAAAUUCUCUUACUUUACACUAGAAUGAAUUUCCUUACGAGCUAUUCUUGAACUCGAUAUUAGUCAAAUAUUCUUUUUUCCAGCGCACGUGCGACGUUUUUUGUUGGAACAGCAACAAAAUGGCUACGGGGUGGAUGAAUGUCCAAAGGUUCGUGGGAAAUCUGAAUUUUAUUUAUUUUUCAUUCAGAUGGUCCAGGCGUCGUCGUGCUCCCAGUACUUCACGCCUUCACCUCUCCAUCCGUCGACGACGAUGAGAUCCGCGAAAAGUGCCUUCAGUACUUACUCGACUGGCCGCAACGGAGGUAGUUGUCACUAAAUGAUUUUAAAAAAUGAAAUAAAAUUGUUUUCAGGCUCGCGAGCCGCUUUGAUCCAGGAGUGUUCUUCGAGCUCUUCUUCCGGGGGGAAACGAACAAUCGUGAGAACGGCGAGCUCGAACUGUUCUGAAGACGAGAACUACGCUACACUGUACGACUAUAUGGAAGACCGGAGUGUCCUCGGCCUCGAUACGUCGCAAUCCAUCGUCGCCGCCCAGAUCGAUACCUGUGGAGCACGGCUUUUGGUUAGUUUUCGAACUAUUCUAUCUCAGCAAAAAUUUUUAUUUUUAGCUCAAGAGGUCGGGAGCCAGUGUGUUGGUUCCAGAACUCGCAGUUCUUUCCGAGAAAAUGCUCUACUUGGCCGUUUCAGACACGCUUUCAGACCAGCCGCGGCUCCCACGUGAGAAGGCAUUUUCCACGAAUCGUUCAAAAUGAGUUUGCAGCGACGGAGUCUGUCUUGUCGCCCGUGGUGAUUGUCGGAGAAUGCGAGGCCGGGGUGACGUCAUCUGCUCCGACCAUCCUGCAGCGGCCUGUCGUCGUGUCUUUCCGGCACUGCGCUUCGACUUUCCCACGAGACAACUGGAUCUUUUCUCUUUACGCGGAUGAAGGUGAGAAGAGUCCAGAUCGGGUGGCACAAUUUGGACUUUCUAGGGGACGGAUGGCGGAAGAUGGUGACCAUUGGCGAGGAAAAUCUCAACACUAGCAUGUUCGUCCAGUUGGAGCUUCCUGGGAAGUUUGGCGAACGAUUCGGCUGGUGCCACGUCAUGACCCAAUCUCUCUGUCGGUCAGUUUCCCUGGACUCUGCAGAUUUAAAAAACUUCCUUUUCAGACUCAUGCUGGCAGGACAACCGCGAAGAAGCUCUCUGAGCUCAUCGAAGCGUGUCCAUUUGGCCGUCUUUGGGCCCGUCGAUCGUGCCAGCUACCGUAAUCCUUUCGAACUGCGGGUAUACUGUGUUCCUGAGACAGGCGCUUGCAUGGAAAGCGUCUGGAAGCAGGAAGAGAACUCCAGGUGAGUUAAUGACAAGUUUAAGAUAGACACUAGAAUUGUCAAAUCUGAGUGAAUCCAUGAAAAUUAAUUUAGAAUGAUUCAUUAUAAUUAGGUAAAAGUGUUUAUUUGAGCCUUAAUAGUGAGUAGACUUCUUGAAAAAGUUUCAUCACAACUUUUUCAAAGGGAAGCUUUUUCUGUUGAAUACCUGUUUCCCAUACGAUUUAGUUAGUCUUUGCUCUUCAUUAUUUUUUUUUUCUCUUGUAUAAUAUGAACUUCCGUUGGAAACACAGAGAGUGACAGUUUCAUCAAAAUAAAAGCAGUUUGAAAGGUAAGGCGGCGUUCAAAACGGUCUGAUCAUGCAUGAUUCAUUUUUAAAGUUCAAUCCAUUACGUACAGCGACGUCGUCGGCGUGCUGAAAAUGCCAGGCUCCAAGGCACUCAAGAAAGUUUUGCAGAUUACUCACCGAGUCGGAUGACUUCAUCCUCAACGAAAAGGGGAACCUUUGCAUUUGCAUCGAAGACGUCGACGGCGCCUUCGUCUGCGAGGGACCGCAAGUUGUCGUGAGUAGCCCCCGAAAACCUAGCGAAUGAGAAACUCGGGUUGUAGGAGAUCAACGAGACGCAGCACCGGUUCUGCUCGCAGAACGGGGUCCACUUCCCGCUGCGCUUCCGCUCGACCGACGCCAACUCUUCUGCGUCGGUAUUCAGCUCACGCAUCAUCGUCUACCAGAAGUGCAGCAACACCGAACCUCGACUCCUUCAUGUUCAUCCUGACGGCGACACCGUAGGCGCCGUGAUAGCUCAUAGAUGUGCAGUUUCCUAUUUACAGUACGACAAUACCGCCGAGGAACAGGACAAGGUUGUCCGGACAGACUUCCAUCUUCCAGUCGACGUCAAAGAGACGUUAUGCAUGCUUCUCGAUGAACCCAAUGAAUCUUGCACCGACUGGCGCGGCCUUGCCAAAAAACUCCACUUUGACCGGUACCUCCAGGUAGAGUCUUGAGUUGGUCAUACCAAAAACUGAACACCUUCUUUGAAAAUCUUUGUUAUUCGCAACGUCAAAUUUAAUUGAAUUAGUUUUUUUUUGAAACGGUAUCAUAAAAUUGUGGAUUCCAGUUUUUCGCUUCUUUCCCUGGCUGCUCGCCGACGUCGCUGCUGCUGGACCUGUGGGAAGCGUCUUCGGUUGGUUCGGCGAGGGCAGUGCACGACCUUCUGCAGACGUUGCGUGUGAUGGGCAGGCCGGACGCCGUGAACGUCCUCGAACGCUUCAUCUCCUCUUUCCCGCAGAUCGUGUCCCCGUGA